AUGUUUUGUAAAUUCUGCAGGGAAUAUCCCCCACUUGCAGAUAUUAAAUCUCCAUUAUUUGAGGGGUGUGGCACUGGAGGAAAUUUCCGUGAAGAUACUCUCUUCCAUCAUAACAAAUCAAGCAAGCAUUUGAAAUGUCAGGGGAAGUGGGAACUUGAACAUAAUAAAUCUUCAACAAGUGCUCCAAUCCAAAGAGCGUUUACACAGGCUGCAAAAACAAUGAACGAAACAACAAGUAAAAGAAUGUCAGCCUUAUUUAACACUGUUUAUUAUGUAGCAAAGGAGAAUCAACCGUUCAUAAAAUUCAAAUCACUUUGUGAAUUACAACAAAAAAAUGGUAUUGACAUUGGAAAAAUGUAUCAGAACUCAGAUGGGUGUCGGGAUAUUCUGUCAGCAAUUGUUGAAACAGAAAAAACAGACAUAUGUGAAAAAAUACAAAAUGCCCGGUUUAUCUCUGUACUUUCGGAUGGCUCAACGGACUCAGCUGUAACCGAGCAAGAGACUGUUUUUGUCCGAUAUGUUGGUUCAACUGGUCGUCCAGUGACCCAGUUUGCCAGUAUUAUUGCCCUGAAAUCAGCCACUGCUGAGGGUGUUCUUGAUGGUAUUGACAAAGGACUUGAGAACAUCGGCUUAACUAGGGACCUUGUUGAUGCUAAGAUAGUUGGCUGCAAUUUUGAUGGCGCAUCGGUAAUGCUUGGUGCCAAAAAUGGUGUUGCAGCCAAGAUCAGAAAUAGACUUGUUGGCAGAGAUAUUGUAGUGCUACAUUGUGUAGCACAUAAUUUAGAACUGGGUGUUCUGGAUGCCAUUAAACAAGUGCAAUAUCUUAAAACUUUCCAGGCCACAGUUCAGCAGGUUUUCAAGUUUUAUUAUUACUCUCCAAAACGGAGGAGAGAACUUUGUGAAAUUGCCAAAAUCCUUGAGGAGACUAGUAUCGCUCAAACAGGGUUACAGAAAACUCGUUGGAUCGCAAGCCGUCAUAGAGCUUUGGCUGCUUUAGAAAAAAGUUACCCCACUGUGGUUUACCAUUUAAACCAUGCAGCAAGUGCAGGCAAGGGGGAGGACAAAGCCAGAGCCAAAGGCAUUGUCCAGGAGCUGUGCACUGAGCGUUUUGUGCGCUUUCUCCACUUUAUGCUUGAUGUGACCAAGAUACUGGCAGAUCUCAGCCGCCAGUUUCAAAAUGAUGAAUUGUUCAUCACAGAUGUCACAGUGAAACUCCAAACCUGCUUAUUGCGGUUAGAGGAGCUCAAGCACAAACCUGGUGACUACUUAACAAAGCUGAAGUCAAAUCUUACUCAGGAUUUUGAACUUCAAACUGGAAUAGAUCUGACAAGAAAGGUGAAAAUAAAGAAAUCACCAAUGGACUUUGACAAAACAUUCAAGGCAUUCCUAGACAGUGUCAUUGAAUAUGUCAAUCAAAGAUUCCAACCUAUCCAGUCACCUCCUGUCAGUCUGUUCUCAGUGUUUGAUCAUGUAACUUGGCCACACUUCCCCUCGCUGCUUCAGUUUGGAACUGAGCAAGUUGAAGAAUUGCUGGAGUUUUUCAAACCAUUACUUAGUGAGGAGGAAAGGAAGGCAGUUCCUGAGCAGUGGCUUGAAUUGAAAGUGAGACUCAAUAGACAGAGGGAAGUAAGCCCAUUUGCUACAUAUACCUCCCUUCUUGCUGCAAGACCCGACAGUUUGAAAGCAAUCCUUCUCCUGAUAGAGAUACUCUUUGCUCUAUCUCCAAGCACUGCAAAGUGUGAACGCAGUUUUUCUGCCAUGAAAAGGAUCAAGACUGGUCUUAGAAGUAGCUUAAACCAGGACAGUUUGGUUAACCUCAUGCAGGUUGCCAACAUGGAUACAUCUGUCCUUGAUUACAACCCACUCCCUGCAAUUAACACCUGGUUGGGCAAUGCUAAGUUCAGGCGUGCUGUUACUGAACAGCCUACGGUCCAACCUUGUGCAAGGCUUCAGUCACUGCCACCAGCUGUUGCUGGACAGUCCAAUGCUUCUGAUGUAUUUCCAGAUCUCCCCCAAGCUCCCCCAGGAUUACUGGAAGCAUAUGAGUCUGACACUGACAAUCAUGAUUCUGAAGUGUCAGACUUGGACACUGAAUGA